AUGAAGAAUUCAGAGACUUCCUCACCGGGAACCACCCCACCUUUGUAUGUUACAUCCAAACAGGAUGUAGAGGUUGUUGUACCUCCUCCACCUGCAUGGGUGAAUCAACAUCUGGCGGAAAAGCAGUCAGUUACAAAAGACUUCACUGACCACACCCAAGGCUAUCAGGCAAAGUCUACAACACAAGAAUCAGCAUCCACCUCACCACAUCUGCAACAAGAGACACACCAUGAUUGGGCACUUCAGCGCCAGAAGACUCAAUUCAUCACAAAUACCAUAGCGGGUAGGAGCAUCUACCCGGCGCCCCCGGAGGCGCGGGGCCGUCGAGGCAGUGACAGUAACCCGAGACAAAGUGGGAACUCUCGCACAGCUCACGCAGUCGUGGUGGCAACGGCGGCAGUGAAGACCGAUGCUGGACUGGCCGGUCCUAACGGUGGUCAUGCCAGUGAGCUGGUAGGGUCGGACAUACUGGGGAUCGUGGCCAACCUCAGGCAUUUGGCGAAAGCGCACGGCGAAUACAAGCCCGCGACAACGCAACCGGAGACCAGGGCGACGAGAGAGAUAACGAUAUCGCGAACAAACACGCCGGCGGUGGAAAGUCAUCGGUUGGACAAGGCAUGUUCUGUCACGGGUGAGAAACCAAGUCGACUUCCCUCGCGUCCGUCGCAAUCCACGACGGCCGCCUUCGUCGAUCGAUUGGAGGAUAUGUUUGGACCGGGUAGUAUUAUGCGGGGGAGCGGGCCUCGACCAUCGAACAAGGAACCUAAAGAUAGGUCGGUGGGAAUAAGCAGGCCAGGUCGAUCGAACACGGAUACGGAUACAGAUAGUACCAUAUCGGACACACCAAUACAGCGACGGCAGGACAAAGUUCGAGCGAGAGACCAGGUUGCAGAGUCAAGUACGCCGAGAGGGCCUAAGCCUAAGCGACGGCGAGUCGAGGAAGUAUCUAUUAAAGCGCAGGCCGAAGGGGUAAGCCCCGCAAACGCGAUCAGUCUCGAGAGUGUGGCCGAAUGGACGCGCAUGUUGCAGAAGCUGAUUAAGGGAAAAUCUCGCUUGCGCCAAGAGGAGCUGACGGCCAUCCGCCAGCUCAUGGACACGAUUAAGGAGUCCUGGAUGACGAAGAAAUUAAGAUUGAGCUUGGUCAAGGAUUCGGGACUUCUGUCGAGCAUUCGCCAUCUGGCUACACUGACUGCGAGCGAGAUAGGAUACGGGGACGAGCAUGGACUGGUCGAAAAGGCACAGGCGCUUGUGGCCAUGUUUAGUGACUGA